UUUCACGACCUCGCCUUUAAGCAGCGCUCUCUUGCAGCGGAGUGACCCCCUCCUCCGCUGAAGGGCUCUAUUACACCUAGUGUUCUCCAACGUUCCUAGCGUGGUACACCAUCCACAAACCGCUGCACAACCCCAUCUCUACCGCCACGCGCACCAUGCCCGUCUCCGACGAACCCUAUCCAGAAGAAUACCCCGAAGACGCCCGCUACGACGACGCCGAUAUAUCCACUGCGCCCUUCGUCCAGCAGCCCGCUUUCGGCCAGCGGCUCUGGAAGAAUCCCGUGAGAUUCGUGCCCGCCGCACCUCCCUCACCCCCACUCCCCGCCGCACCAAAGCCCAACGGCCGCUCAAUAGCAGAGAAAUACCUGGCCAUCGUCUUCCCCAACGGUCAACCACAGCCGAAGCCCGAAGCCUACCCCACAUGCGGCAUAUGCGGUGCGCUCGUCAAAGAGGCGAACGAUCGAGCGCACUAUCUGAGUCUAGCGCACCAAGGCGCCCUCCCGCGCGCACCGACGCCGUCGUCGAUCGAUAGAACGCGUAUGGGGCUGAAAUACCUCAAGAAACACGGGUUCGAUGUCGAUUCGCGAGUCGGUCUAGGAGCAAGCGGACAGGGCAUGCUGUUCCCAAUCGUGCCGAAGGAGAAGCGAGAUAAGCUGGGGCUGGGCGUGGACAAGAAGCAAGUGGAGCGAGAAAAGAGAGAAGGUACCACGCCAAAGGAUGUCAGGCUAGACGCGGGCAAAGUACGGAAGUUGCACGCCGUGCAAAAGCGAAAAGAGGAGAAACUGCGGAAGAUGUUUUACGGGAAUGAGGAGGUGGAGAAGUACUUGGGUGAACUAGAGGGUGUGGAUCAUGGGUUGAAAUAGAGAUCUUCAACUGUAUGACGUGCUCCGUUUGGGGCACAGGAAGACAUCUGCAUAGCAUCGCGACGGCGUUAUGGUUGGCUUAGAUUAUUGGACUUGCGACGAGAUACCCGCUUGAUACAACAGAGCAUUUCAUGAAUAGAUCAGGCUGAAUGACACGAAGGUUCUGA